ACACACACGCGCGCGCGCAGGCUGAACUCACCAGGCUGAAGUUGUGUCUGUGGGAGCCGGCGACAAAGCAAGCAAGCAUCAAGCAGGCAGGACUUGGUCCUUGAGUCGCGUGCGGGCAUCAUUGGUGACAGUAUUGUAAUUGAUGUCGACUUUUCUGUACGUUCGGUAGUUUCAAAUGGGGAGUGCUUCGCAGUCUAGUGCGACAGGAUAUCUCAACGCAUAGGAAUAUUCUGUGCUAGUGAAGUGUCGUGUUGGAGCAGCUAAUAUUACCGUUUUGUUUGACAUUUAGACAUGGAAGUUUAGUUAGUGCGCGAUGGUGUUAACAUAAAAAUAAAUACGGUUGCUUCGAAAAUGAAAACUCCGAUGAUUAAAUCGGUGGUAGAACCGGUGUGACCAUCGUUUUCCUGGUAUCUUACGACUUUAAAGUGUUCCGCCUCUCCGUCGCUCCGGCUGUUCUAGCCAUCAUGGUAUCUUCGCAUGUGCCAACAGCCUCCGCCAUGUUCUUCGUUCGACCAAAGUACACCAGAAUCACAUCGUGUCUUACGUUAGUGUUGCUAAUUUCUUUAGAAACUGUCCUCCUGUCUACUGUCAGUGACUGCACAAAAACUUUUCAUGUUUAUUGGAACACAACCGAUUCCAUAUUCAGGAUAGACAACACGGACCACAUAAUCGAUGUGAACAAGGGCAACAUUCCGUUCGAGUACGACCAGGUGAACAUCAUCUGCCCCGUCUACCUCCCCGGCACGCACGAGGAGGACGCGGAGAAGUACAUCAUCUACAAUGUGUCCAAAGAAGAAUAUGACACGUGUCGUAUCACCAAUCCAAAUCCUCGAAUAAUAGCCAUCUGUGAUAAACCAUACAAACUGAUGUACUUCACCAUUACCUUCCGCUCGUUCACACCACAGCCCGGGGGUCUGGAGUUUCAGCCUGGACAAGACUACUAUUUCAUAUCAACUUCUUCGAAGGAUGACCUACAUCGCCGUAUUGGUGGCCGCUGCUCUAGCCACAACAUGAAGGUGGUCUUCAAAGUAUGCUGCCGGCCAGAUCAAAACCAAACUCAAAUUAACCACCAGCCAAGCACCACAUUUUCCACGACUGUGGCGAGCACUCCAUCAUCCUCAUCGACAGCAGUCACGAAAUCAACUUCGACCACUCCCAAAUUUACGUCUUAUAAGGAGUUGGACGUUCCAAACUACAAUAUCAAAUCUACUACGAAAAAGACAAGCGAGUACGACAAGCAUCCAAACGAAGUGGUGAAGAACGAGGAACUGACCUACAGUACAGCAGUGGUGCGUGCAGAUUGUUGCUGGCUCGUAGUGCUGACCAGCAUGCUAUCGACCAGAUUGGUUGGCCGGUGAGGAGCGCAAGGAUGUAUGCUCACUCACUCCUGGUAGUCACCUCCUCCACACAUAAUUUAUGUAUGCCAUGUGUUGCAGUUUGCAACUUUCUCAAUGGAUGGACAUACCAAAAUGGAUUGUUGUUGUUGGUUGGUGGCCAGUGCGUGCACUAACUGUCAGUAGCCGGGUCAAAUUGUACCUACUGAAGUAAAAUUUAGUUUCUUUUGUUUGGCUGUUAAUUUCUAUAGAUAUUUGUUUCGAAUACUGUGAUGGACUAUUAUCAUCUGUAUAAAAAAGACUGUGGAUCAACUUGCAAAGUGUGUGCAGAGGAUCAACUGAGCAACGUGCAUUGAUGAAUUUAAAUAGAGUAUAUGAAUUAAAUUUUUAAAGAACGGAAGUUACUGGAAAUAACUCCAUAUAAUUUAAGAUAUGGUCGUUGUUGGUCGAUGGCUCAUGAACUUCAGAACUGUUAUCAGGGCUAGGUAAGAGGCAAAUGUAAUUUGUAACUAUUUUUUACUACGAUGCAAGAUCAAAUCUUCGAGAUACAAAAGUGUAGAAAUGUUGGGUGUUGUCUGCAUUCAUCUGACUUGAUGGAUACAGGUCUUCUUAAGUUCUGAAAAUGUCUCUCACCACAUUCAUCCAUAUCAUAGUCAUUUUACUGUUGUCAUUGUUCAGAACAAUAGUAUUUAUACAGUGUGCAUGUGUGUAUCUGGCAGUUGUGUACAUCUCCUAUGUCUUCUGACAUUCAAAAACUAUGUUGUGAUAGUUUGUAGACAUGUAUUUUUAAAACAAAUCAAGUCAUUGUAAGCAAAUUACUAUUAUAUAUAGUUGCCUUGUUGCAGUGUGAAUGUAUUUUUAAAUAAUGAAUUAAAGGGCUGAAAGACUUAAAUGUUUAGAUGUACAGUAGCAGUGUUGCUAAUGGUCAGAGUUGAAAUGAAAAUGUGCAAGGAA